AUGGCCGCCGCUACUGAGAGAUUCAUCCAUCUCUCGCGCCCUUUGGCCGCUACCAGCGCUGGUCUGCAGACCAACAUUGCCCCGCUCACAGUCAACAUCCAGCCACAGGCUGUUCUGUCCAUUCUCGACCACGCCGUACGACGAGAUGCCCGCGAUCCUUCCCAGCCCAGCCGCGUCAUCGGUGCCCUCGUGGGCGUCCGAUCCGAAGACGGCACCGAGGUCGAAGUCCGCUCCUGCUUCGCCAUCCCACACACUGAGGAGGAGGACCAAGUCGAGGUCGAUGUCGAGUACCAGAAGAACAUGCUGGCCCUGACCCUCAAGGCCAACCCCCGCGAGUCUCUCCUCGGCUGGUACACCACCUCCCUCGAGCUCAACAACUUCAGCGCCCUGAUCCAGAACUUCUUCGGGAGCCCCGACACUGGCACCUUCCCCCACCCGGCCAUCCACCUCACCAUGUCGACGGACCCCGGCGAGGGCAUCGAGACGAGGUGCUACAUCAGCGCCCCGGUCACCGUCAACGUCGACCGCGCCGCCGAGUGCUGCCUCUUCAUGCAGGUGCCCCACAAGAUGCUGUACGGCGACGCCGAGAGGAGCGCCCUCGGGGCCAUCGCCAGCGCAAAGGACUCGGAGACCAGGACGGCGCCCCUCAUCUCUGAUGUCGAGAACCUCGGCCAGGCUCUCGAGCAGACCAUCACCCUGCUCGAUAGGGUCAGCGAGUGGGUCAACGGCGUCCUGGACGAGGACGAGGAGCCCAACAACGCCCUGGGCCAGUACCUCAUGAGCGCCCUCUCGCUCACCCCCAAGGUCGAUGCCUCUCAGAUCGAGCACGACUUCAACAACCAUAUCCAGGACGUCCUCAUGGUCAGCUACCUGGCUAACACCAUCCGCACUCAGAUUGACUUGUCUCAACGCUUAGCUACGGCUAACAUUGUGAGCGUUGAGAAGGAGGGCGAGAACAAGGGUGAGGGAGAAAAGAGCGGAGGGCAGCGCGGCGGCAAGCGUGGCGGCCGUGGUGGUGGCCGUGGUGGUGGUCAACAGAGGGAACCCCGGGAGCCUCGAGAGCCCCGGGAACCCACGGAGUAA